GUUUUGGAAAAUAGAGACUGGCUUUCUAUCCCAAGGCUUUGAUGUGUUUAGUGGUUCCUGUAGGGAUCUGCCUCUCUUUUGUUUUGAUUGACAAGACCCUUCCUAUAUAUUUGAGCAGUCAAGCAGCCCAGUGACAGAGGGUAGAGACAUUUACCCAGAGCAAUCUUCUAUCACUCAUCGUGAUUUUCAGGAAUCUUGGGUGCAAGUGUGAACCUUAAAAGGAGUUAGCUCCAGCAAGAUCAGGAACGCCAUGAAGCUGGCAUACCUUUUCCUCGGCCCCAUGGCCCUCUUCCUCCUAGCUGGCUGCAGCUGUGUUCUCAGCACGUCCAGUGGGAACCUGCUCACCUUUGUGGGCUGUGCCGUGAGGGAGUUUACUUUCCUGGCCAAAAAGCCUGGCUGCAGGGGCCUUCGGAUCACUACGGAUGCCUGCUGGGGCCGCUGUGAGACCUGGGAGAAGCCCAUUCUGGAACCCCCCUACAUUGAAGCCCAUCAUCGAGUCUGUACCUACAAUGAGACCAGACAGGUGACGGUCAAGCUGCCCAAUUGCGCCCCUGGAGUGGACCCCUUCUACACCUACCCCGUGGCUGUCCGCUGCGACUGCGGGGCCUGUUCCACUGCCACCACGGAGUGCGAGACCAUCUGAAGCUGGCGUGGCCUACAGAACACAGCUGGCAGCUUUGAGCUUCACGGACCCAGGUGCACGGGCAACCUGAGCAGCUAUACCCCCUGGAUUCAAGGACUGUUUAAUUCUGACCACCUGUGGAGGAGGUUAUCCGUCUCCCUUAGGCCCAACUCCGGCCUAAGGCCCAGAGGCAGCAUACUGAUGCUAAAAAUCCAAAACAACAUUUGUGUUUUCGCUGAAAUAAUUUCUCUGGUUCACACACUUGCAAAUUAAUUUAUCUUUGCCUUGAAUCUCAGAACAUAAUUUGUAUAUACCACAAUCCUCCUCCAAUCUGGAUUUAUAAUACGCCAAUAGUUUAAGGGCAGUGGGAGUAAUUAGGAAAUGGGUCUAGAAAGUCUUUAAAUUCCCAUCUCUUAUUUAACAAUUGGUCUUCAACUAGAUUUAGGAUCAAAGGGCCAGAUAUUAAUAAAACCAAGGCUUUGUCCUCAAGCCCCCAAAGAAAAUCCAAUUGCAAGCUUCCUUAGAGAAAAUACUCCCUCCGUCUUUGAGCACUUAUCUCAGGUUAAAAAGUGCUCAGAUUAAAAAGAG